UGCCAGCUUAAAAACAGUUGUAUAUUUGAUCGCAAUUGACUAGCCAAUCUAUCGAGUUUCAAGUUCUGCGCAAAUGCAAACGCUGCUUCUUUGAUUAAAUUUUGAGUUUUGUCUUAAUGGUCGUGAUCAGCUUCUGUGGUGAUUUUAAGAUUCCUCAUUAUUUAUUGUUCAUAUACCCUAUAUUUAGAUAGCCAAGUGGUUUAUGCAUAUCAAUUAUACAAUAAAUGAUAUUUUGAAUUACGCGAGAGUAUUCUAAUGACUGAACAAGGAUUCAAAUUGUUUGUGAACAAUUUGCCAGCUGAAUUACAAGAGGAUGGCAUUAAAGCAAUUUUUAAUGACUACGGAGAAGUCAGUGCAUUAUUAUGUCCUAGUGAAGCAGACUAUGCUUUUGUAUCUUAUAAAACCUAUGCAGAAGCUUAUAAAGCCUUAAUACAUCUAAAUGAAAAACCUCCAUUGUACAUGAAUGUUUCCUUUACUAAAAAAAGAGAAAGUGCACCGAUACGACAAUUUAGAAAUGAUAUUGAAAAUGCCAAUCUUGUUGUAAACCCUGAAACCUAUCAAGAUCCUAGAUACAACAACAAACCAGAGUAUAUUUCCCUGGGACGUGGUAAAUUGAUAUCUGGAUAUGUUCCAAAACCAGUACCACUACCACAACAUUAUGUUACUGAUUAUAAUUCAGAUAACGAGCCACUCUAUCCACCGUAUGUUGAUCCGUCUAUGUAUAAUCCAUAUGAUGAUGUGGAUCCUUUUAAUGAUACAAAUAUCAUGUGGAGCAGAGGUCACGUUUUAACAACGAUUGAUGGAAGAAGACACGUUCGAAUGGGUCGUGGUUAUACUGCUUAUGAAUUGCCAAAACCUCGUACACGAAAAAACGAAGAUAUUGAUAAAUUAUAUGAGAAACGUAUUGCUGAGGCAUACGAGUAUGGCAUCAACAACUUGAAGGAUGAUAUAGGCAAUUGCGAAUACUGUGCAAAGCCAAGCAAAACGAACUGCGGUCGUUGCGGUGCAUUUUACUGUAGCAAAGAAUGCCAAAGAUCUGAUUGGCUUCGUCAUAGAAAUGAUUGUCAAGCCAUGCCACCUUUGACAAGGUGUGUUGACUCUAGUUCUAUCUCACGGUCGAGUAGCGACGAUAUUCCAGUUUCCAAGCAGGAAACUUCUAGCAAGGGUCUAUUUACUCUUCGACGACCAAAGAGAGAAUCUACACUCAAUGCCACUGCAUCCUGCGAGAGGGUUACACGAAAUGAGAAUCUCGAUAAUAUGCAUACUAAACAACUUGCAUCGUCAGCAGGACCGGCUGGUGAUCAGAGUAAUCGUACGCCGACGGAAUCACAAGUAUUAUCAAAGAGCAGCAACGAAAUUCAUGAAUCACACGACAAGAUAACAGUAAAAACGACGCAACCAGCUGUUGCUUCUUCCUCACAGGAGACAAUAGCUGCUGUUGAUUUACAAAACAGUAAUGGUGCUAUUAAGAAAACUAGGACUUGCGCGAAAAUUCCCUUUAAUAACAAUUUGAGAACGCAGAACAAGUUACCUGGUUCACAACCGCAAUUUAAUCACCCGACUCAAUUGUUUGAACCGACGCGUCCACGACAAAAUGGAAUAAGCAACCAGAAUGAUUCUCGACCAGAAGCAAAGUCUAUCGUUAAUAAUGUCUCUGAUUUUGACUUGUCCUUCAAAAGAAGGAUUCAAUUCCUCCCGAAGGACGUAUUCAAUGAAAUCAAAAUCACAAGAUCCCUGCCGAGUGACGGUGGUCUAUAUUGGGUGCAAAAACUGAGUGAUACUGAAAAACUAGAGAAUAUCACAGCGCAUUUGAAUAGUCACGCUAGCACUUGGCCGUAUAUGCAGCCAAUUGUUGGGAACAUGUACGCAGCACUUUACGAUAGCAAAUGGUACAGAGUAACUGUGCAAUCUUUAAAACCUUUUAAAUCAUUGUGCAUUGAUUACGGAUAUGAAUACGAAAAAGAGAGCACUGAUUUACGUGCAAUGAAAAAAUAUAUAAAUGUUCCUGGUCUCUCAGAAAAGAUUUCCAUCCAUUCUGACUCACCUGCGUGGUACAAGAGUCUUGGUCCAGGCAGUGUGAUAUCCGUGAAGCCAGUAUCUGGUGCUAUGAGAAGCGAAGAUCAAGCUCAGGAUGCUAUUAUCGUCGAAGUCAAACCGGAUGAUCCUAUUGUGGUAAACCAGCAAGAAUCCGUUAUCGAAAAACCUCCAAUGAAACAGGGCAAUAUAAAACCAAAGUUCAAGAGUAUUGUUAAUGAACUCCGUGCUAAUGAAACAGGCGUCAUUCAAUUUGUCGCCGAGACGAGCACUGCCAUUCAAUCUGCAACAAUGCUCAUUGAACGUUUCGGACAAGUUUUUGAAAACGUCAUGUUAAAGUUGAGUGAACGUUGUGUUACAUUACAAGAGGAUUCCAAUUAUCGUCCUGAAGUCGAUGAUCUUGUUUGUGCCAACCGGGACGACGAUGAGUGGUUCCGUGGACGUGUGUUGGUACCAGGAUCAUCUGUCAGAGUCCUUUCUGUCGAUGAGGCCAAAGUGAUGACCGUCCCAAAAGUUUAUCGUCUUCCUGAAGAAUUCAUUGAUCAAGUCACCUUCGGGGUCCAAUGCAAGUUGGUAGAACGAAAGACUCCAUUCGAGGUGGGGGAGAGUUACCGUAUCGAGGUCAUUAACGUCAAUAAAAAUGGCGAGAAAACAGAAGUGGAGAUAUCCAUACAGGACGUUGAACCGGUCAAGGCAUUGAUAACUGAAUGGGUCGCUGUUCCAGAACAGAUGGGAAUAUUAAAUGCUCCUUUGAAAAGUGGAUCAGAGGUUUAUUUAUCCGCCGUUGUUAGUCAUUACAACUUCCAUGCGUGUAGCUUAGUUCCUGAGGAAAUGGAACGUAUGAAACGACUAAAAUUAGAUGUCAAUAAAGAUGCUCAGACUGCACAACCAUUGACAGAAAUACCGGUUCUUGGACAAAUGGUCAGCUCUAAGUUCGCAGAUGAAAAUUAUUACCGUGCUAUGGUACAAAAGAUCCAAGGUGACAAAAUUGGUGUUGUCUAUGUCGAUUUCGGAAAUCGUGAAUACACCACUUUGGGGAAUCUUAAAGUAUUGAGGGAUGACUUGAAAAGGGAACCAGCUGGUUGUACCAAAAUGACUCUCAAGGAUGUACCAAGAGAUGUGGCGAUGACAAAAGAAGUGCACGAAUUAUUAAAUAAUCUAAUGAUUACCGAAAUUGGAUUAAUGUGCACAUUCGAUGGUAUACCUUCUACGGAUGGCGUCGUUCUGCAUCUGCCAGAUGGCACGAGUGUCAAUGAUGAAGUAAAGGAAAUGCUAACACCCUCUCAUAAGAAACCAGCCAAAGAAGAAGACAAGGUGAUCUUUAUGGAAAAUGACUUGGACGUCACUAAUUUGGGCGCAAUCGGUGAUACCAUAAUAGCUGAGGUGGUUAGCGUUAAGCAAGUUGGAAUUUGUUAUCUGGUAUGUGCACCAGACGAACAAGCCAUAGUACAUAUAGUUAAAGUUUUAACACCCUUGAUGAAUGCACAUUGUCAAGCAGUACAAGAGCCGUACAUUCCUCGUAAAAAUGAACUGUGCCUUGCAAUGUACGAUAACAAUUGGUAUCGUGCGUUGUGCGUCGAUCCAUUAGUAACUCCCAACACCAUUUUAGUGUUUUACGUUGACUUUGGAAAUUCAGAGUAUGUAGAACACAAGAAUAUAAGACCUAUGGUUAAGGACUUCAUGACGCCACCGGCGUUGAUCAAUAUUUGCACCGUGACCAAUUUGUGCCCACCAGGUAAAGACGAACUUCCGCCGAACGUGGCCGCAAGGGUCCAGUCUUUAGUGCAGGAGAAUACUCAAGCCACAAUAAAGAUAAUAAAGAAAUCAGCACCUGGGGAAUACGAGGUAGAGCUGCCUACCGUACGCGCCAUUUUGAUUACAGAAGGAUUAUUAAAGUCUUAAAAAUAUUACGUGACGAAGAAGUAUUUCUUGGGAUUUUACUUUUAAUUCGAAUUGCUCAGUAAUUUUUGCUUAGUUUAUCAGAGAGAUUAUGAAACAUCGUUUAGAAUAUACAAUGAUUAUCUGAUUAGUUGAAAUUCAAUAGAUAUGUAUACAUAUAUAAAAGUUUCUAUAUUUUAAGCAAUAAGAAUUUAUAUUUGUUAAAAAUCAAAGUUAUAUGUACUUACGUUAAUUUUAUUCGACAGUAUAUGCAUUACUAAAUUGACAAGGAUCAAAGGUUAAUUUCGUACUUUAAUUUUAAUUUUAAUCUUAUGUGGUAAAAUCAUGUUUAUUUUAGUAAGUCAAUUGCUACAGCUAACUAAAUAUGUUAAUAAGAUUCAUUCUGUGGAUACUAUUUUUCGAAACCAAAGCUUUUAAGUAUCAAAGACUAGACCUUAAGUCGUGUAAUAAGAAUAAAAAUUAUUGUUCAAAUGAAAAA